CAUUCAUUCCUGGUGGGCGUGACUUUGAAAGCGAGCGUUUCUUCACAAAGAAAUCCCAACCUGGGAUGUCUGUUUAAGCCGCCAUUUCAAAGCCCAUCGAAGAUGGACACGGAUACAGAAGAGAGAGUCACAGAAACCUCCAAGAAUGACUCAGAGAAACAUGUAACCCAGCUCAAAUCCAGGGGUCGUGGGGCCAAAGGCCGUGGGCGAGGGGGACGAAUGAGUAGAGGUGGCAUGCGUGGUGGGCGGGGCAUGAUGAAAGGCUUUGGGCCACCAGGACCUGGAAGGGGUCGAGUAAAGGAUGGAGCCAUGAAUGGAUUUGGGCCCAUGAGAGGAAUGGGGAGGAUGCGUCCUUACCCUGACCUUAGAGGUCCUCGAGGUAGGGCUGGACCCAUGGGCAUGGGCCCUCCUCUUCCCCCUCCCCCACCUCCUCCUAUGCACCUCAGAGGCCCCUUUCCACCCAUGCCCAGGCAUGGACCCCCUCCGCCCCCUCCUCCAGGUCAUCCUGGUUUCAGAGGGCGUCCGCCACACCCUCGAGGCCGUGGCAUGCCACCCCCUGGACCUCCGCGCCCCUUCCGCCCGCGAGGCCCACGAGGCUACCACAAUGGACCGGUCUCUCCUCCGCCUCACCCCCCACCUGGCAGAGGCCAGAGGUGGCCAGGCCCCCCUGGUGGCCGACGCUUUUAACACAGCCUGCCCUAAAAACUAUAACUAAGCAGCUGUUAAUGUAGAAGGGGCCCUGUAGUCGUGCAGUGAAUGAAAUGCCCCCGAAUGAUGUGUUUAUAAAAAAAAAGAAAAAAAGUCUGAGUUAUCUUUUGAGUAUCUUAAGAAAUACUCUGUGCCGACAUGUUUGGUUGUUGGUAUUGUCCACUGGCAAAGAGAAAAAUGUGAAAAUGACUAAAGGGCAAAUGAGGACGAAUUAAAAACGAUUCACAACCGAAUAAUGUAAAGGGAUUCCCAAGUUCUGUUACCUAUAAAUACUGUUCGUAUUUUAAAAGAAGUUGUUAAAACAAGUUUGUUCUCCAAAAUUAAAUGUUCUGUGUUUCUUGU